AUGGAAUGUCUGUGGAAUGCGUUGACGCUGACUUCGACCGAAGUUGGGACACGAAGAUCGAUGGUCGGUGGUCAGAUGGCGUUUGGUGGUCAUGGUGUUGACAACAACAGUCACAAUAAGAUGAAAUCAAGGUGCGUGACAUCUGAUGGAUGA